UUAAUGGCUAUUGAAACCAUGAGAGGAGGAGGAGGAGGCACUGAGUCACAGUGUGAGGGAGUUGCAGGGGUUGACCGGGGAUUUCACUCAUUAUGGUGACGCGCUGGGGACCCGCUGCAGCUCCUCCGCUCGGUUUGGACUUGUGGCAGCGAUAUGAAUCCCUUUUUACACUUCUUUAGUCGCAUGCUGACAAGAACCUGAAUCGAAAUAUGUCCGCUCAAGGAUUGUUAAGCACUGUUUUCUCCUGCUCGCUGAGCCCCAAAACUAUUUCCAAGCGGAAACUGAGGCAGACCAGGAGCUUGGACACGGCGCUGAUGGGACAUUACGGCACCGAAGCUGAGGAGACAUUAUCUGAGGGUGACUUCACCUGGAACAGCAUGUCAGGACGUAGCGUUGGCCUGAAGCCCGUCCCCCUGCAAAGCCUAUCAGAAUUGGAAAGAGUUCGUCUCCAGGACGUGGCCUUUAGGCGACUGCUUCGAGAUCAUGACCUGGACUGCCAAAUCACCAUCCCUAAAUAUGGGCAUAAGCACAAGAAGUCACUCAGACGGAAGUUGGAUUCAUUAUCUAAAGAGAAGAGUAAAGACAAAGAGAAUACACCCCAGGCAUUUGGCAUACCGCUGUCGCAAGUCAUAUCCAAUGACCGCACUCACAAGCAGCGACACGACCCCCCACGGGAGGGGCACAGUGACCCCACUGAAUUGAUGCUAUCCUUCCUCCACCUCACUUCUAGCUUCAGAAGAGUCAACAAGGAACUCUCCAGCAGCAACUCCUCCCUUAGCUCCACCCCUGAGACCCCUAAUGAAUCACCUCUUCCCAGCACACCAGACACGGCCCGACGGGCACGCAGAAGGGGUGGAGUAUCUGUGGAUUGCAUCACUGACCUUGAUGACAACCAGUCUCGGCUCUUGGAGGCCCUCCAGCUGUCUCUGCCAGUAGAGGCAGCUGGCAACAGGAAGAAGCGCCAUGACAAAAAGCUUAGCCUUAACCCCAUUUACAGACAGGUGCCCAAGGUAGUGGAUCUUUGCUGCCAGCACCUGGAAAGGCAUGGCCUACAGACUGUUGGAAUUUUCCGUGUUGGGAGUUCCAAGAAGAGAGUACGACAGCUUCGCGAGGAGUUUGACCAGGGAUGGGAAGUACAUUUGGACGAGGAGUACAGUGUCCAUGAUGUAGCUGCUUUGCUGAAACAGUUCCUCAGAGACAUGCCUGACCCGUUACUGACAAGAGAACUCUACACGGCUUUCAUCAACACAAUGUUGCUGGAUUCUUCAGACCAAGAGAGCGCCCUUCAGCUCCUGAUAUUUUUGCUUCCUCCCUGUAACAGCGACACGCUGCAGCGCCUUCUCUCCUUGUUGUCCACAGUGGCUGCACAUGCUGAAGACAUCGUGGACAAUGCGGGACAGGAGAUCACAGGAAACAAGAUGACAUCCCUCAAUUUAGCUACCAUCUUUGGACCAAACCUCUUACGAAAGCAAAAAAACACAGACAAAGAGUUUGCGGUCCAGAGUUUUGCCCGUGCAGAGGAGAGCACAACCAUCAUCAGCGUGGUCCAAAAGAUGAUCAAUACAUACGAUGCAUUAUUUAUGGUUCCUGCUGACCUGCAGAAUGAGGUGCUGAUGAGUUUAGUAGAAACUGAUCCUGAUAUUGUGGAUUACUUACUGCGGAGGAAGACUUCUCAGCACUCAGAACCAGACCUUCGUAGAGCAGAAGAGUCCUUUCCUCUGACUGAGAGAUGCUUUUCAAGUGACUCCAUCAAAGCAUCUAGUGGAGACGUGUCUCCUUACGACAACAACUCCCCUGUCUUGUCAGAUCGGCUGCUUUGCAAAUACCCAGAGUGCAACAGUCCACUCUUUGACAGGAUCCCCAGACUCUCCCCAGACUCUAUGCAGCACAAACUCAGUUGUAAACAUGGCUCUGGCAGCAGCUCACCUAUACUUUCCACAGACAAAGAGGCCUCAGUUGAUCAUUUCUGGGACACCUGGCAUGAACUGCUCAGCAAGGAUUUCACUGACCAUCAUAUCACUGGCUCCCUUGGAGACAUGUCGGAAUGUGAGUCGUAUGGAUCAUCAGAGGGGCUGAGCAGUCACCAAGGUAACAACAAGCAGCCUUUCAGACCAACACAAACCUCAUUGGGCAUGCAGGAUAUCAGGCCACACCUCCCAGUGACUCGUAGCAGCAGUGGUCCUGAUGACCAGAGAGAACAGACAGAAUCACAAUCAUCAUUACAACAGAGACUGAGCGUCCAAUCAGGAGCCCUCAGCUCGGACAAUUUAGCAGGAAUGACAGGACACGCUGCAUGUCCGUUACUUAAGGUCAGGAUGCAUAGUCUGUCUCCCCUGAACUACGCUGGACGGCUGAGGGAGACUCAUAUUUCUCAUUCCACACCUUCCCUCUUCAUGUAUCAGCCUGACUCCCAAACUGUUCAGCAGUCCCAGGAAAGCUCAGCCUCCCAGACUGUAGAGACUGCAGAAGCCUCAGGGCCUGGACAAGCAAAGGGCCCUGGUACACCCGACAGGCAGACAGAGAGGUGGCAUAUGUGGCGGAUUUUGUCAAAAGAAAAUGCAGAGGCCCUGCCUGAAACUCUGGUGUGAUGUACCCUUUGACUUUGAACUAUUCUGAUAACUUUAAGAAAAAAAAAGGUCCUGCUUCACAUCAUCAGUUGUAUUUGAAGUACUAGUUUUGUUUGUCAUUGUGAACCACAAACUGUUUUGCGAAUGUAUAGAUAUAUAUAGCUAUAUAUAUAUAAAAUAAUUGUAAUUGUAAUUGUAAUUUGUACAUAUUUUUGUAUUUUAAAUGGUUGGGACCCCACAACCAUGAAAAACUUUUAUAUUUAGACUUGAAUGUCAUAAUUCCACUUGAAUGAUAUUAAUUAAUUUUGAAAUCAUGAAUGUGUUUUAAUGCUGAAUGUAAAAACAUACUGCUUAUGUAUAAUACCUAACAUGUAAUGUGCUGAAGGUGCUUUAAUAUUGGGUUCUGUUACAGGCUCAGAUUACGAUUGACUUUUGAAAAUGGUUCAGACCAUGUCCAUAUUAUUACUUGUGUUUAUUCAUAGAAAACAAAACUGGAGGAUAUGUGGUAGAACACUAUUCCACUGGUAUUGCACUAUAAUAAGUAUGGCUAGAUUUUAAUGAAUUGUCUGUCACUCUUCAGUUAUACACACUCCUGUUUUUGGGGGGUUUUUUUUGUUUGAAAUGCAGGAAUAAUUGUUAAUCAGUAUUAUUCACUGGGAUAUAUUACUUGUAAAUUUGCAGUUCUUUGUAAUUUAAUGAAACGCAAUUACCCGUGCUUUUUUGAGUUGUCACUUAAUAAACUGGUGUUAGUUUGAUGGAGAGAAAUGAUAAAACAAA